AUGUCUGAGGGCAAGAUAUAUACUCGAGCAUACUCCAAAAGCAGUGCCGGGAAACUAGUCUCCGCUAAGACCCCGAAGGGUGAUCCUUUAUCCGACACAGCCCUUCUUGAAGAAUUUCGAAAUCAUGCCAAAAUACGGAAUCAAGAGCCUACAGCCUUGGUAUCGGGUAGUGAUCGCAUCGUCGACACCUUGAAGCGUGCGUUUGAAAAGCAUAAGGAUGGCGAACGGUCGGCAGACAUUUGGAUCGUUUUCAUAGCGGAACCACAAACCAUAAAUGAAACUGCUACCCGAAUACAUUCCGCGAAAGAGUUGGCUGAGAAGUGCCAACUCGAGGAACCCAAGAGAUUCUCUCACGAGGUUCUUUUUGAGUGGGCUAUACCUGAGGAGUAUGUGCUACAUCAGGUUUCCUUGCAUACUUUGAUAGAGCGUGGGCUUCAAGGGAGUUGGUUCUCGCAACCGACCACGGUGGAAGUGCGUCGCUAUAUAGCGGAGAAACUCCAACAGCAAAGUCCUUGGGAAAUCGGCGUCACCCUAGGUUGCUUUGCACGAAAGUUUGGAGCCAGAUCCCCCUUGAAUUGGAUCUCUCACCAGCUUUUCUUUGAUUGUGUAUGGAUGGAAGAAGUGGAUAAUGAGGUGCUUAGCCUUAAUUAUGCAAACGGACAUAUUGAAAUAAAUGACUCUCAACAAUAUUCUUACGAUCUAGAGGAUGGAAUCGACACUAGUUUGCACGAAUGGUGGCUUUCAGAUGUUGACAUUUUCCUAAGUUACCAGGAAUUCGAGGAAUUGCGAGAUGUGACAGAAGACAGUAUAGUUUGGGAUCAGAUUGACUUCUUUGAAACUUGGCAUCAUGUCCAUUGCAACGGAAUAUUCAAUGAGCUUUCUGUGAGGGAGCAGCUAGCAUAUGAUGAGGAGAAGAACAAAUUAUGGGCCAAGAUUGAAAAACAGAGGGCAGAUAUCGAAACAGAAGCUGUGAGGAUAGGUUUGUAA